AUGGCAGCCUCCAUCGCCCCCGAAUGCAACGAUAUCAAGGAGAAAUAUGACACUUGCUUCCUUAAAUGGUACAGCGAGAAAUAUUUGCGUGGCAACACCUCUUCCAAUGACUGUGAAGCUUUGUUUCAGAAUUAUAAGGGCUGCUUAAACAAAGUUCUCAAGGAACGAGGCAUUGACACCAUGGUGGAUGAUGCCCGAAAGAGUGGCAGCAGCGAAACAGACGCAGAAUUUCUCAAAAAGUCUUGA